AUGUCUAAAGUUGCUGCUGAAGGUUUCGACUCCUCUGAAUUUUUAACUUUAUUAGAAGCUGGUUUAUCUGAUGAUGCCACCAGAAAGAAGGCUAUUAGCGGUGUUAAAGCUGUUAUUGUUUUCACUUUAAAAAACAAGGAUGGUAAAGAUCAAUCUUGGGCUUUAGAUUUAAAGAAAGAAGGUACCAUAUCAAAAGUUGAAGGUACUGCUCCAAAAUCUGAUGUUCAAUUAAUCUUAAAAGAUGCUGAUUUCGUUAAAUUGGCUGAAGGUAAAGCUAAUGGUCAAAAAUUAUUCAUGAAUGGUAAAUUAAAGGUUAAAGGUAACUUGAUGAAAGCUACUGCCAUUGAAUCCGUCUUCAAAGCUGUUGAUCCAAGACCAAAAUUAUAA